AUGAGAGGGGAAGAAUGUGUGACGGAUUAUCUGCAAGCGGAGGCAACCUCUACUUCGUUAAAGUCAGCUGGUGAGACGAUCAGCGACAGCCUUCUUAUUGCUAUGGUGUUGAAGGGUCUUCCAGAGGAAUUUACUCCAUUUAAUACUGUUGUUAUGCAGAAGGAUAGUGAGCCUACGUUUCUGGAAUUCAAGUCUCUGCUACGGAGUUAUGAAGAAAGCCUGAGGAGUCGAGAGGCACAUAGGCCUAAUGUGAAGAAUGAGAACGUCCUUAAGGUGAAUGAUAAAAAUCCUGAUUUUCAGUGUGGUGGGUCUGCCAGUGGCUCAUCAGUAAGAUGUUAUUCAUGUGGUAAGCCUGGACAUAAGUCUUUCGAGUGUAGGUUGAAGAAAGACAGAGGUAAGUGGUGCAAAGAAUGCAAAACCAUUACACACAAUUUUGAUGAAAGUAGAAAGGCUAAUAGGCCUACUAGAUUUUCUAGUGCAAAUGUGAAUGUUUGUAAGCCUAGAUCCACUAAUACUUAUAAUGAUGAAGAAUGUUGUUUCAAAAUAAGUUGCUCUGUUGAUAACAUAUCUACAAAUGUAUGUAAUGUUCUUGUUGAUUGUGGUGCUACUACCCACAUCAUUACUGAUAAAUCCAAAUUUAAGUGUUUUGAUGAAGACUUUGACGAAUCAAAACAUAUGGUUGAACUUGCAGAUGGUGCAAGAUGCAAGAAUAUUGUUAAAGGUAAAGGUAAAGCUAAAAUUGUACUUUAUGAUACAAAUGGUAUAAAACAAAAUGUUCUUCUUAAUAAUGCCUUGAAUAUUUCUACUUUUAAGCAGAAUAUAUUUUCUGUACAAUCAGCUGUUAGUAAAGGAGCUACAGUAAGCUUUAAUCCUAAUCAUUCUCAGUUGAUAAGCCCAAAUGGUGUGUCUUUUGAAAUAAAUAAAAAAGGUAAGUUGUAUUAUCUAAAUAGUGUAAGCUCAUGUAAAUCUCGUUCACUAGAGGAGUGGCAUAAGGUUUUGGGACACUGCAAUGUUAAAGACAUUUUGAAGUUAGAAGAUAAAGCUGAAGGUAUGAAAAUUAGUGACUAA